CCCCGAGAUCCUCCUGCAUGCGCUGCCAAUGUAGAAACACUUCGCUGUCUCUUGAACAAUCAGAAGUAUGUGAAGACGAAGUCAGUUGCUUGUCAAGUGCAUGGAAAUUGCAGAUGAUUUUUGAGUGCUCUGCAACGCUGGAUUCCGGAAAGAUUUGAGGCAAAAGGGACUUCCAAAUGAAGAAUCUUGUUUUCUCUGGGAGAGCUUAGGAGCAAGGCAAGGGAUUUCAUGAAUCUGGAGGAGCAACUUUGAACACAAGAGGCACUUUGCCAAUCGUCGUCCACACCAGAUGGUCGAGCUAGAUAUGAGUUUUUACCAUGGAAGGGAUGGACCUGAAAAAUGAAAGGUGGUCGCAGAAAGGUGCAGCGGUUGAGAGUUUGAUCCCCAGCAUACACGUCCUCUUGUUCAAUGUCUGUGCUCUCAUGGGCAAGAACUGCCCGCUGUGUGCAGAAAAAAAGGGGCAACGAGUGGUCUGAACGUCCAAUUCAAGCUAGAAUUAGAAAUGCAGUGUGCUCACAUAGAGGGUGGGCAAGUGAAUGGCGAGCUGGAUUGGCAUUUUCUCAUGUCAAAGCCAUCCAGAGACAGCUCAUAAGGACGUCAUAUGAUGACGAAUUUCGAGAUUCCAGAAGCAUUGCUCUAGGCUUGCACAAGCGGUACAAGGAUGUUCUGAAUGGUGGUUUCAGCAACAACCUGAAGGAGUUCAUUCGAGCUGGGGUCACGGCAUACGAAGUGGGCUGUACAGAUGAAGGAAUGCGGAAGGAGUUGCUCAGCAUCGGUGAUUUAAACGAGCUUUCAGAUGAAGAAUCUGGAGGAAGUGUUGGACUGAAGAGCAGGCUGGCUACGGAAGAGGUGGAGGAAUGCAUAUUGUGGCUGUCACUGGUGUUCCUCACAAUCUUGUGUUCGCCUCCUCCGACUGUAGUACGCUGGUCCAACACUCCUGCCGUAUCUGCAGAGGCCCAGUUUCAGUGGCGUGGGUUUUGUGCCCUCAUUGCCAAUGCCUACUACACACGGGGAAUGGCCUGGCUUCCUGUGAAGACUCUGCAGCUGGAGCAGAUGGCUGUGUCUGGAUAUGCCGAGGAGCCAUCAUUGGUUGCUGAUCGAAUGCGACUUGUUUUUGACACGCUCGAGAUUAUAUGCCCCCAGUGGCCCAAGCAGUAAGUUCUGAUGACCCAACCGUGAAGACAUUUUAUGAUAGACGUCCACAUGUACAGUUGAUGGUACUCUCGUAAGUGGUGGCGCUUACAACGUGGUCAACCGUCAAAAAGUAGAUCUGCUAGAUGUGUUUGUAUGGAACUCAAAAUACACUAUUCUAGUGGUAUACAGCCCCCAUCAAAAUACGAAAAUAAAGCCUUGAUUGAGGCCUUAAUGUCCAAGAUUGAUGAUUUGGACUGGA